AUGGUGCAGAAAUCAUUAAUCUAUGCAUUUGUAUCUCGUGGGGAAGUUAUAUUAGCAGAGUACACUGAAUUCAGUGGGAAUUUCAAUUCCAUAGCUUUCCAAUGCCUCCAAAAGCUUCCUUCUUCCGACAACAAGUUCACUUACAACUGUGAUGGUCACACCUUCAAUUACCUUGUCGACAAUGGCUACACAUAUUGUGUUGUUGCAGAUGAGUCAGCCGGAAGGCAAGUACCUAUUGCUUUUUUGGAGCGUAUCAAGGAUGAUUUUGUGUCAAAAUAUGGUAGUGGAAAGGCUGCUACAGCUCCUGCCAACAGCUUGAACAAGGAAUUUGGGCCAAAACUAAAAGAACAUAUGCAGUACUGUAUUGAGCAUCCUGAAGAAAUAAGCAAGCUUGCUAAGGUUAAAGCUCAGGUUUCAGAAGUCAAAGGUGUUAUGAUGGAGAACAUUGAAAAGGUGUUAGAUAGAGGGGAAAAGAUAGAGCUACUAGUGGAUAAGACUGAGAAUCUUCAUCAACAGGCUCAAGACUUCCGAAAUACUGGGACGAAAAUCAGAAGAAAAAUGUGGCUACAAAACAUGAAGAUCAAGCUGAUUGUUCUAGGAAUACUGAUUGCCUUGAUCCUCAUCAUUGUUCUCUCUGUUUGCCAUGGUUUCAACUGUGGAAAAUGAGUGCUGUUCUUGAACAGGAUUUGUUUUCACCAGAGCUUUUGUGAUAAUAUUGUGAGGAAAAGAUCAAAAUAUAUAUAAUGACUUCUAUGUCAGAAAAGAUUAGCAAUCACCAGAUGUUUGGUGCAAGUUUUUUUUGAAUGUGAACAAACCCUAUAAGUUUUUAUUGCAUUACAUGAAUGUGCUUUUUGCAACGAUCAUAUUGGUUGUUAACCAUCAAGCUGCACAGUCAGUUUGCAAAGUUUUGUUCUGGACGGGAACUUGUUUGAUGUUCUAUUUUUAGCUCAAACUUGCGAGCCAUUGAUUGUCUGUUUGAAGUUUCCAAAACAUACGUGAGAAUGCUUCUUUAGUCCAAUAAACCCAUUCGUUCUUAGCUCAAAGUUUUGCACCAAUCAACAGGAAUGGUAAUUGCUUUGGGAGAAAUACUAUUCAGAUCUGACAUUUGACUUGAAAAUGGAGACACAGUUCUAUACUCAAACGAGGAAAGAAGGUUGCAUGUUGAAUCAUGAAAAAACGGUUGUUAGUUCCAAAACUUGAUUGACGAACAGAGAUUAAGUAAUAAAAUAUUCUUAAAGCUGCUUGCCAAAUGGUGGCCCAGUGGAGAUCACAGGUUUUUAAUCAUUUACAAUCUACUCAAGGAGUUCCUGGGUUCAACUCUAAGGGCCAGCCAAAUAGAUUGCCCGAAUAAAACCACUUGGCCACUUCCCAUCGAAGAGCCUAUACUUCUGGCAAUCCCAAAUGCUCAAAAUCCAAACCAUUUUCCAGUUUCGAUCUCUCUCGCAACAAAGAAAAUCUAAAGAAACUAUCGCUUUCUUCUCUUAUACACGAGUCUGAUUCUCUGUGGAUUUGACAGGUUCAUAUAAUCAGCUUCUGCCUCUUCAUCUUUGGUUUGACCAAACUCAUUAUGGCUAUUAAAACUAUUCAAAUGCACCCUUUUUCCUCCACCAUUAAUCCUGAACUUCACUCUUGUUCUCUCCUUUGUCAAUUUACCACCAUUACUACCAUUUCUUUUCUCUUCAAAACUAUCACCUUGACACCCCGAAACCGAGCUAGAAUUCUCCCACAAUUCUUCCCCAAUAACUCUUCUAUUGCAUUUCUCAUAACUAUAUACAUCAGGAAGCCCUGGCAACCAUUCUGGGAUAUGAGUACCUUUCUGCAAAUUCCAUGGCAAUGCUUUUACCAAGUCUCUUUCCCUUUCUGUUGCUCUCUCAAUGGGCUUGGUUCAUCCGUGGAGCUGACAAAACCUAACAAAUCUUCCAAAACACUGGACUUCAACAAGCAAUUGUUGUGAUAGAGAGUAGAUGCACCCGUGAAACCGCUCUGGAGGGAAAUGUCGUCGAGGGCAUUGGUAAGGUCUAGGAGGUUGGAUUGGGUACGGCUGGCAGAUUGGAGAAUGAUACAGCCGGCUUGGCCAGGGUUUCCAUGUACUUAGUAGCUACCAGGGUCAGGGUUUCCAGGGCAAGAACCUGGCUAAGACUAAAACCAACUGAUUUGCAGAUCUGAGAAGCUACUACUUUGGUUAUAUUGAACAAGAAAUCCCCUGGAUUUGUUGUUUCUUGGUGGGUAUUUGAUUUUCUUUUAGAUUUUCGUUUUUUCAUUGUGGUGA